GGUUUUGGCGGGCGCCUGCACUUACAUGCGUGCACCGCACCGCAGCGGCCGGCGGCGGCGCGGGCCCCAACACUCGGUGAACACUAGGCAGCACAGCCGACAGCGUACAGCAGUGCAUCGCCGCCGCCCGCGGGGAAAGGACGUAUCGUUCGUUAUCGGCCCUCGCUCCCACGUGCUCUUCGAUCUUCGCGGAGGAAAUGUUUACAUACCGAUCCGUUCUUCUCCUGACUUACGACAACAAUAAAGUUGGAUCCGAUUCUAACAAGUAAUAAAAUAAUUAGCACGAGCGUACAAAAUUGAUCGAAGGAAGUGUCGUGCUUUUAAAAAAAGAAAGUGUAACGUUCUACGGUACUAUGCGGUGAGAGUGUCCUAUCGUCAUGCUCCGAGCGCUGCUGGUGCUAGGCGCGGCGAGCGCGGCGGCCGGCGCCAAGCUCGCGCCUCUCGAUGUGCCGCGCUGCUGUCCCGCCGGCCAGAGCCUCUCGCCUGAUGCGCUGCGGGCCGCCGCGCUCGAGCCCGCGCGCGCCGCCGCCGCCUGCGCGCCACCAGCACCCGGCACGCCUGCUUGGGCCCCGCUGGUGUACGCGCCCGCUCGCAACACGUUCCUGGAGCGUGGCCGCCUACCGCAGCAUUGGCGGCCGCUGGAUGCAGCGCUCCCGAGCUGUGCCGCGCUGCGCGUGCUUCCAGAACACGCCGCGCCUUACGCCCUGCUUGCCAACAAUGGCUCGCUGCUGCUGCGCGGCACCACCCACGCCCUGCCGCCGGCGCGCUAUUGCGCGGACGAGGGCGGCGCGCUCGUUUGCGAGGAAGACGUACCGCACGGACCGACCAAGUGCUGCGCCGAAGGCCAGGGUUUCGACGGUGCCCACUGCGCGGAAGAGUCGGGCACCGCAGAUGAGGCACCGACGGCCGUGCUGGACGAGCUUCGCGCGCUCGCCAACGGUAGUGACGUGGGCUUUGGCUGGCCGGCGUGCGCGGAGGGCUCACGGUACGCGGUGGCGGGUGCUCUGGGUGGCGCGCGACUGGAGGCGGGCGGCGCGCUGCGGCUGCGGGCGGCGGGCGGCUGGGCGCGUUUGGCGGGCGGCGCGUGGUGCGCGGAAUCGGUGCGAGGUGCGGUGGGCUCGCGCGUGCUGGCUUGCGAGGCGGCGGCUCGCGCGGUGGGUGGCGGGCCGGCGCAUCACGCGUUGUACGGCGCGGGGCUAGCCGUGGGUGCGGCGUUCCUCGCGGCCACGCUAGCGGCAAGCUUUGCGCUGCCGGCGGCGCACCACGCGCUGCACUGGCGCUGCCAGACGCACUACGUUGCGGCGCUGAUGCUGGGCGACGUGCUGCUGGCCGCGACGCAGCUGGCCGGGGAUCGUGUGCCGCCUGGGGUGUGCCGCGCGCUGGCCGUGUGUAUGCACUUCCUAUUCCUUUCGGCGUUCUUCUGGCUCAACACAAUGUGCUUUAACAUCUGGUGGACUUUCAGGGACUUCCGGCCGACGUCGCUGGAGCGCGGGCAGGAGGCGUGCCGGCUACGCGUGUACCAGGUGUACGCGUGGGGCGCGCCGCUGGCGCUGGCGGGCGCGGGUGCAUUGCUGGACCGGCUGCCGGCGGCGGCCGCGGCGGGCUACCUGCGCCCGCGCUUCGCCGUGCGACGCUGCUGGUUUUACGGCGACGCCGAGGUGCUCGUCUACUUCUUCGGCCCGGUGGGCGUACUGCUGCUCGUCAACCUCGCACUCUUCGUCUCCACCACGCGCCAACUCACCUGCGGCCUCUGGCGCCGCGACGAAGUCAAGUCCACAUCCGAGAGGGCGGCGCUGGGCCGCGUGUGCGCCAAGCUGGUGGUGGUGAUGGGCGUGACGUGGGUGGCGGACGUGGUGUCGUGGGCGGCGGGCGGGCCGGCCUACCUCUGGUACGCCACCGACCUGCUCAACGCGCUGCAGGGCCUGUUCAUCUUCCUGGUGGCGGGCUGCCAGCCGCACGCGUGGGCGGCCGCCAAGCGCGCGGCGGCGGCGCUAUGCGCGCGGCGUGGCCGGCACGCGCGUCACGCCGCGCACUCCUCCUCGCACCUGCCCUCCUGCGGGGAGUCGCUCACGCACACCACGGCCGCGCCCGCGCCGCAGCCGCCCGCCGCGCCCACCGUGCCCACCGCGCCCACCGCGCCCGGUGCACCCGCAGCGCCCGCCGCGCCCCCCGCGCGCCUUCCCAUGGAGACGGUGUGCUGA